GAUGUCGCUGUUCACCGGGUUUAAUCUUGUGCUCGCGAUGCUUCCUUGAACUUUGACCCUUCAAUAACCUUCAUUGGCGUACAUGUGUGAUAAUAGAAGCCGCACACAGUCCGGAGGACCUCUAUAAUAGAGCAAAAAUGGCUAAAUAUCUUGCACAGAUCAUCGUGAUGGGAGCACAGGUGGUGGGACGUGCGUUUGCUCGUGCAUUACAGCAAGAAUUUGCAGCCAGUCAAGCAGCAGCGCAGGCGAGGGGCCGUGCGGGUCAGCACUCCGCUGCAGCCUCUAGCAUCACUGGGAUGAGCCUGCAAGAGGCGCAGCAAAUCCUAAAUAUCUCUACACUCACCCCAGAGGACAUUCAGAAGAAUUAUGAUCAUCUUUUUAAAGUCAACGACAAGACAGUGGGCGGUUCAUUUUAUAUACAAUCAAAAGUGGUGCGGGCUAAAGAGCGUCUAGAUGAGGAAAUGAAUAUUCAGACGGAACCACCGAGUCCGAAGUCACAGCAGAAUACGGAAACAUGAAGUGUCAAAUUAUGCUUGCCCUUUCUUUCCUUUCCCCUUCCUCUGUAAAUUAUAACCAAAUAAAAGCUUUCCUUUUUUUCUGUA